AUGCCUCCGGCCCCGCCAAACUCCCCCCCCCUCCCCUUUGCCCCCCUCCUCCUAUUAUUCCUCCUAGGCCUCUCCCUCCUCGCCCAACCAGCAACGGCAGCCCCGCACACAGACAACAGCACCGCCUCAGCAGGAGUCGAGCCCCGCGACGGCGACGGACGACGCACCCCCGGCUCGGACUGCGCCGGCUCGGAGGGCCUGUGGGACUGCAUGACGGACUCGUGGCAGCGGUGCGCGUCGGGCCGGUGGAGCGAGGUCAUGCAGUGCGCGGCGGGGACGGAGUGCGCGCCGGCCGGGCAGAGCUACGAAUUCGAGGUGCGGUACGCGGGGGGCGGGGGUGGUGGGGGUGUCAGCGGUGGGUCUUCCGGGGUGGUGGGGAGAGGGUCUGGGAUGGGGUCUGCGGCUGGAUGGGGGGUUGGGCUGGCCUUUGGGGUUGGGGUGUUGCUGGCUGGUUGGGGGCUGUGA